GCCUCCGAGAAAAGCCACGACUGGGAGCGCGCCAUGAGCAUGCUGGAGCAGAUGCAGGUGGUUGAGGUCGCACCCAACGAGUAUAGCUUCAGCUCGGCGAUCAAAGCCCUCUCUUCGGCUGUGCAGUGGCAGAGAGCCCUGCAGACCCUCGGCCUUGCACAGGACCGGCAGUCUUGCAACGUCGUGGGCUUCAGUGCCGUCAUGGGGGCCUGCGUCAAGGCGACGCAGUGGACCGAGGCUCUGGACAUCUUCUCGCAGAUAUGGUGGGCCGAGGAGUCGCCAGACACGCUUUGCUACAAUGCUGUCCUCAACGCGUGCCAG